AUGAUCCAGAACACGCGCGGCAUUGCCAGGAACGGCUUCUGCCGCGCUCGACAAUGGCAGCGCUAUGCGAGCUCGUCUCGCCCUGCCACGCGACAGCCGCCGAAGCCCCCGCAAUCGGCAAAGCAGCAACACCCGUCGCGCGUUGUUCGACCCAGCGCAACCCGCAACCCUUCAUCAUCUGCGCCGCCGCCGCCGCCGCCGCCGCCGGAUACCAUCCUCACGCUCUGGCGCCGUUCCUGGCUGCCUCUCACCGGUGCCGCGAUCCUUGCAGGCUUCCUCGGCUUCUACAUCUUCGGCACUGCCGUCGCUUCCUUAAAGACUUGUCCAUGUGAGGGACACCAUGAUGGGUCAUGUAAUGACGAGCUCGCCACGCCGACUGGUCGCCCGCCGGCCUUGACUGGCGAGAAUGCGGAACAGUUCGACAAGGAGCUCAACCUGGGCGAAUGGUGGAUGGGCAUCACGAAGCUGCGGAAGAAGCUCGCCCAGCAUGCCAAAGGCCACGUCUUGGAGUUGGCCAUGGGCACUGGCCGGAACCUCGAGUACUACGACUGGGAGCCACUGACUGCCAUUGCCAAGGGAGCGACACAGCCCUCCACUCGUUCAGACAGGACACCCGGCGGAAUCACGUCCUUUACCGGCCUCGAUAUCUCCAUCGACAUGCUAGACGUUGCGCGCAAGCGUUUUGUCAAGACCAUCCCUCCGAUGUCGUCAUUCGCCCCUGUCGUGAAAGCCUCCAACAUGGCUGACCAUGUCGGCGGCCAACUCUCGUUCCUCAAUGACCGACUCCGUCUCAUCAACUCCGAUGCGCACCACCCUCUACCACCCCCAGCCGUCGCCACGCAGGGACGAAAAUACGAUACAAUAGUACAAACCUUUGGACUUUGCUCUGUCUCUGACCCUGUUGCCGUCCUGGUGAACUUGGCCACGGCUGUCAAACCCGACUCCGGCCGAAUUAUUCUCCUGGAGCACGGGAAGGGCUGGUAUGGCAUUGUCAAUGGCCUUCUGGACAAGAACGCUGGGAAGCAUUUCCAAAAGUACGGCUGCUGGUGGAACCGAGACAUUGAAGCGCUCGUCGACGAGGCAGUUCGCCAGAUGCCGGGGCUAGAGAUUGUGAAGUUGGACCGUCCCAACGUGUUGCAAAUGGGGACGCUUGUUUGGAUAGAAUUACGGGUGAACGGCACUGGCUGA